GGCAGUCUGAGCAGAACACAUUCUAAUGUUGAAAUGAGCCCAAGUUGGUCCUAACAAGCCUCAGAUCUGGGGCAUCUGCCAGUGCUGAGGGCCUCUCUGGGCAUGAAGCAAGUUUACAUGUGCUCAGGCCAACUGGGUUCUGCUAAUGGCUCACUCUUUGGGAGGUCUCAACAGGGCUCAAGUCUCAAGUCUGAGAUCUGAGUACCCAUGAGCCCCAGAUGCAUGGGAGUGUCUACUGAAGUCUGAGCCUGGGGCAUCCCUGGCCCAAGCGCUUAGUCUUGAGGGGUCUCAAGCCAUAAAUAAGCCUGGCCACCUUCAUUACCCUACCCUACAGUAUGUUGCUCAGACAUAAGUGGCUGGGGCCCUCCCUAUCUCUAUGACCCCCGUGAGUAAGUGCAUUCUUCCUCCGCAAGAGGAAGAGGGAGAAAGGCAGCAGGACACUUCGUUGGGAGAGAAUCACAGGGUCACCAGGGCUUUACAGCAUACCCCUCCAUACUCCAGAGUUUUGGAGGCGACACUCUGGUCCCAGCUGAGCCCUGGUUCGCCUCACGGCCCUUCGGAGCCUCAAGGAUAUCAAUCAUAAGACCCAUAUGGGGACCCUAAGGACAAAAACCUAUUCCACACCUCCCCCAUGCUCCCGACCCCAGCAAGGCAGGAGGCCUGCGGAAAAGCCGGCUCAGGGGGCGCGGCAUAGGCGGGGCCUGGAGGACUCAAUGGGGAGGGAUCAGCCUAAAAUCUCCAGCCAACGCUAAAGGGGCGGAGUCAUCGGGGGCGGAGCUCGGCGGGCUGGAACACGAGGGAAGAGGCUCUGGCCUCAAAAAGGAGGCGUGGCCACUCCAGAUAGGCCGCUCAUUCCUGAGGGCGUGGCCGUCAGGGAGGUGGACAUGGCAUGGGGCUAGGAAGAUCCACGGCUUAGCGGGCGGCGUGGAAGCGGCUGCAGAGCGGCUCCUUUAAGCCCCCGGCACCGCCCCCACCGCCCCGCCCCCCGCGGCGGUCUGGGUCUGGUUGGCGACCCGGUCGGGUCCGCGCGGACCGUGAUGGAGCUGCACAUCCUAGAGCACCGGGUGCGGGUGCUGAGCCUCGCCCGCCCAGGUCUCUGGCUCUACACCCACCCGCUCAUCAAGCUACUCUUCCUAUCCCGCCGCAGCCGGCUGAAGAUGCCCCCCACCCCCAUCCAGGUGCAAGUUCUUCAGCCUGACGGAGACCCCCGAGGAUUACACGCUCAUGGUGGACGAGGAGGGCUUCAAAGAACUACCCCCAUCUGAGUUCCUUCAAGUGGCUGAGGCCAUAUGGCUGGUGCUGAACGUGUCAUCCCACAGUGGUGCAGCAGUGCAGGCUGCUGGGGUCACCAAAAUCGCACGCUCAGUCAUUGCACCACUGGCUGAGCACCAUGUGUCUGUGCUGAUGCUGUCUACUUACCAGACGGACUUCAUCCUGGUGCGGGAACAGGACCUGUCUGUGGUGAUCCACACGCUAUCCCAGGAGUUCAACAUUUACCGAGAAGUGGGCGGGGAGCCUGUGCCUGUUGCCAGGGAUGAUUCCAGCAAUGGCUUUCCCCGUUCUCAGCAUGCAGGACCCAGCCCCACUGUGCAUCCCAUCCAGAGCCCCCAGAACCGCUUCUGUGUCCUUACACUGGACCCUGAGACACUGCCAGCCAUUGCUACCACCCUCAUCGAUGUUCUCUUCUACUCAUACAGUGCCCCCAAGGAGGCAGCCUCUGGUGGUCCUGGACCCAGCUCUAUUACAUUCUUUGCCUUCUCCCUCAUCGAGGGCUACAUCUCCAUCGUCAUGGAUGCUGAGACGCAGAAAAAGUUCCCCAGUGACCUCCUGCUGACCAGCUCCUCGGGGGAGCUGUGGAGGAUGGUGCGCAUCGGUGGACAGCCCCUGGGCUUUGAUGAGUGUGGAAUCGUGGCUCAGAUCGCAGGCCCCCUGGCUGCGGCCGACAUCUCUGCCUACUACAUCAGCACCUUCAACUUUGACCAUGCCCUGGUGCCUGAGGAUGGCAUCGGCAGCGCCAUUGAGGUCCUCCAACGACGGCAGGACGGCCAGGGCUCCUGAGGCCUCCAUGCUGUCCCCUCACCCCAGGCUUCCAGAGACUUCUCUAAGCUAUUUCCUCAAGCUCUGGGAUGAGUCCUCCCCACCCCCAUUCCUGCUGGGGGACCCCUCCUUCUGCUCUCUGUAUGUAAGCUGCGUGCAGGCACCGGCUCUCACGUGGACACGCGUGUCUGCCCACGCAGGGGAACACGGUGCUCUGGGCUUCCUCCAGGAAGCCCUCACCCCUCACUCCCUGCUCGGCCUCAGUGUUUGCACAUUCCCUGCCUGAGGCCCAAGACAUCCCCCCUCUCAGUGCCCUGAGCCAGCUGCUCCCUUGGACAGGGCCCUGGUCUCCAUUCUGCUUCUGGCUGGGUCACCUUCCCUGGCCAGGUGAGUUCUGACAGUGCCUGCCCCUCCCGGGGCCUCCAAGAAAAGUAUUUUUACAUCUUUCUCCCUUUUUUAUUGACUUAUUAAUAAAGGCUUAUAGUUCUAAAGG